AUGGCUUUCUCUGGUAUCCUGCUGGCUGGUAUCUUGGGUGCAAUGUGCCUGUGCGCCAAUGCCUACCCCAACCCGGACAGCGCUGCCGACUUUCUCGAGGAUCUGGCCAGACGUUACGACGUCGACGAGCAAUUCUCGCCUGACGGCACAGAAAUGCAGCAAGACGAUGACGUUUUCAACCCGUCGUUCGAAGAAUAUCCCAAGGUCGAAGAGGAGGAAGAUUGGCCGCUAGAAGAUGCCGAAACCGAGGCCAGCAGACGCAUUCUCUACAACACCCAGUUCUUCACGAGGAGCUGUCGUAGAGGCAAGGGGUGCAGAUACACACCAAGGAUGAAGCCUAUGACCUGCUACUACAAUGCCAUGCUACGCAAGGUUACUUGCGUCACCACCGUUAAAAAAGAAUAA